GGUCUCCUCCCCUUCUGCGGACAACUAACCACCUACAACAAGUUUGACAGCUCAGCUUUUUCCUGCUUAACAGCAGCGGCAGCAACAGAUAGCAGGACUUUCCAUCACGGGAGUAAUUUUCCGGUUUUUCCCUCCUGGUUUUUGUCUUCUCUUAUUUUAAGCUACGUGUGCCACCGGCGUCUUCUGCUGGCUAUGAGGGAUUUUAAGCGUCCGUAGGUUUGGUCACUUCUCCCACUUGGAUUCCUUUUGGCUCGCGCUGGUGUGGUUUCUAGGAAGAAGGGGGGAAAAACCUACACGAAAACUUCUUUUGGGUUUUUUUUAAAUUUAUUUAUUUUUUUCAACUUUUAUUUUAAUUUUUUAUCGGGCGUCGCGAGGAAGCUAAAUAUGUCGAGGAGCGCGGAGGAGGUGAACAAGCUAACUGAAAGUACAUACAAGAAUGUGAUGGAACAGUUCAACCCAGGACUGAGGAACCUGGUCAACUUGGGGAAGAACUAUGAGAAGUCAGUUGCUGCAAUGACCAUGGCAGGAAAGUUGUAUUUUGAUGCACUGUCUAAGAUUGGGGAGAACGCUGCAGUGUCUCCGGUCUCCAGGGAACUGGGUGUAGUGCUGACGGAAAUCUCAGAGGUUCACAGGAAGGCUCAUGAAGAGCUAGAGGAAAACUUUAAGAGGUUUCACAGGGACAUAAUAGCUGAGCUGGAGAGGAAGACUGACAUGGAUGUCAAAUACAUGACAGCCACUUUUAAGAGAUACCAGAUGGAGCACAAGAUGAAACACGAUUCUCUGGAGAGAUCCCAGUCAGACCUGAAAAAGCUGAGGAGGAAGAGCCAAGGCAAGAACGCCAAUAAGUACGAGAACAAGGAAAGCGAGUUCCUGGAAACGUUGACAAGUCGACAGAUGGACAUACAGUUGUUCAUCGCAGACGGCUGUAAAGAAGCUCUUUUGGAGGAGAAGAGGCGCUUCUGCUUCCUUGUUGAUAAACACUGCAUACUCACAUAUCAGUUCUCCUCCUUCCAUGACAAGGCCAGAGACAUACUAACGGCAAAGCUGAGCAGCUGGCAGGACCAGUGCAACGAUGCCACCAACAUCCCUGAGAGUGUUUUGUCUAUGAUUGAGGGACUCCGUACACCAGUUUCUGUCACACCAUUGCCUUCCCCUUCACCAUCCCGGCACAGCGUGCAGAGUAUUUCUGCUCCCCCUGCUCCACCUCUGAAGGCUCAGAUCAGUCCUUUGGCGAAUAUGUUCGCCCAGGAUAACACACCUAGUGUAACUACUCCUGCCAACAAUGGUACAGACCACGGGAACAGGGAGGACAGCAGUCUGGCCAGGUCUGUGUCUGUCGCCACAGGCCUCAACCAGAUAGUGAAGAAGCCACGGGUGCGCACCGUCUUCCCCCACACUGCUGGCAAUAACAGCACACUGCUCAGCUUUGAUGAAGGCGACAUCAUUGUCCUACUCAUCCCUGAUGAGAGGGAUGGGUGGAUGUAUGGUGAAAUGGAGAAGAAUGGAAAGAGGGGCUGGUUCCCUUCAUCUUACUGCCGUGCUUUCACAGAGCCUCCCAUGAAUAACAGCAGUGAGACUGCUGCUCCAUACCGCAGUAGAAGUGUGGUCAACCUCCACCAUCAGGACACAGAGACAGAUGAGGCGACCAUGGUGCUCCCCCCAGCAGACUACUGUGACACCCUACAGCGCAACGCCAUCAAGAACGUCUCAUCCGCCAGCACCAUCACUACAAAUAACCACUCGCCCACAGCCUCUGCAGCCCCCUCUGAUCACAACACGGUGGUUCAGUCUAAUGGCAUCUCAAGACCUCCGCCUGCUUACCUCGCCGGAGGGAACCCAUUUGCCACAGUCAGGCUACGUCCAACUGUCACUAAUGAUCGCUCUGCACCGGUCAUCUGAUCCAUCCACAUUUCCACCCAUGAUCAAUUCCUGCCGAGCUUCCUGUGUCACCUGACCAGAUUGUGCAGUUCUGCCUCUGCUCUAAUUGCCCAGAGCCGAGGAGAACAAUGCCAUUUAAAAUGGGAUCGCCUCACUGCGACAAACUCUGAUAUGGAAGUAUUUAGGGGCCCUUUUAAUUACUGAACAGAUGCUCAUAUUUAUGUUAUAUAUUUUCUAUCUAUUUUAGUCAGUCUUUCUGUGGUGAGCCUUAAAUGACAUUUUUAACUGCACUUGAGAUAUGAAUAAAAAUGGUCAAAAUGUACUGUACUUAUGCAGUUGAUGUUCCAUCUUCAUUGUCAGCAUUACUUAAGAUCUUUUUCUGUUGCCAUAGGACAACACUCUAGAUGCCCUUCAGUCAUCUUUUAGGUCCUUCAUAUUGUUUCUACGCCCUGUCGAUGGUGAGAAGUCAAGUUGUUGACGGUUGCUUUGAGGAAAAAGAUGACUAAGAUGGAUGUGUCCAAAAAGACACAGGGUUUUUGUCCACUUGUAAAUGCAUUUGUGCAAGAGAUCCUACACUGCCCUUUGCCACCUAAAAUUAACGUUUUAGAAUGUGGAGUCACUUCUGCCUUAACGCAUACAUGCACAUGACCAAUUGUAAAUAUUUUAUCUGUUGCAGUUUCCUUUCACUGGCAGUGCAGUCAGUUCUGCUUUAACCAUUUCACACAGCAAAGCCACGUGCACACUUUGUCUUUGGCCGUCCUUACACCGUUAAUAGAAAUUGCUGUAUGACAAAUAAAGAUUUAUUUCUUCA